AUGCCGCUUCGCAUUAUACCAGCCGACGCCUCGGGCCUGCCGCCGCGACAGAUCGACCUCUUCACCGGCCCCAACAUCCACCAUGACGCCUACCCAGAAAUUCACCCGCGCCACUCCCCCCACGCAGGGAAAUCAGUCCUCAUUACCGGCGCAAGUCAAGGCCUCGGCCGCGCCAUUGCCAUCGGCUAUGCCCGCGCUGGCGCCACGCGCAUCGCCCUCGCUGCUCGCACAGACCUGACCACGACAACCGACCUCCUGCUCGCCGCCGCCGAGGAGGAGUCACAGCCGGCCCCCGAAGUCCUCGCCCUCGAGAUGGAUGUCACCGAUGCCGCCAGCGUGCGCGCUGCCGCCGCUCGUCUCGACGAAGCAUGGGCUGGCCGCCUCGACAUACUCGUCUGCAACGCCGGCUACAUGGCCUCCUUUGCGCAACUGCUCGAAGCCGACGAGGAGGACCUCAUUCGCACCUUUGACGUCAACUACUGGGGCACGUAUCGCUGCUGCCGUGCCUUUGUGCCCAUCAUGAUCAGCGGUGGCGGCGACAGGACCGUCGUGACGCUGACGUCUAUCGCGGCCCAUUUCAUCGGCGGCGGCAGCGGGGCGUAUUCACUGAGUAAAUUUGCGCUCGUGCGGUUGACCGAAUUUUUGCAAGACGAAUAUGCAUCGCAGGGCGUGCUGGCGUAUUCGGUCCACCCAGGGGCCGUGUCGACGGGCUUGUCAGACAAGCUGCCAGAGAAGUACAAGUUCCGGCUCACAGAAACACCAGAGCUCAUCGGCCACUCACUGCCCUUCCUGACGAGCCAGAAGCGUGACUGGCUCGGCGGCCGCUGGGUCAGCUCCAUGUGGGACCUGCCAAAGCUGCUAACCAUGGAGAAGGAAGUCGUCGCCAAGGAUUUGCUCAAAUUCAAGUGUACUGGUUUGAAUUAA